GACAUUAUAAACAAAAUUGUGCUCCGUGCAUCGUGCAUUUACUGUGAAUAAGUAAAUCCAACCAUACUUGAAAGAUGCCCCCAAAGAGAGAAGCAGUUGCUCUCCAGAGGGUUAUCAACAACCAGGAGCAAUGGGAUGAAGCGAUGGGAGUUGAGGGGGUCAUGUUGAUAGACAUAUAUCAAAAGUGGUGUGGACCUUGUAAAGCUGUGGUUGGUCUCUUCAAGAGAUUGAAAAAUGAAAUUGGAGAUGACUUGUUACACUUUGCUGUGGCUGAGGCGGAUGGGAUAGAAUCGCUGGAGAAAUAUCGUGGUCGCUGUGAGCCAUGUUUUCUGUUCUUUUGUGGUGGUCAGCUCACUCAUGUCGUACGUGGUUCAAAUGCACCAGCUUUGCAACUUUCCAUCACAACACAGCUCACAGCUGAGCAUAAAGUGCUGGAGGAGGGUGCAGAGAGGAAAGUGAUUCGUGAUCCAUUACUUGCUGCACAAGAAGAGGAAGAGAAAGCUGCGGAAAUGGCAGCUGAAGAAGAAAGGAAGAAAAUGGAAGAUGAUGCACUUAAACCACAGCCUAAGAAAGUCACAGUUGCUGUUAUCAAACCUGAUGCAGUCAAAAAUGGAUUGGUUAAUGAUAUUGUUGGAAAGAUGGAAUCGGAAGGUAUUGAAAUCCUGGCACAGGAAGAAAGAACGCUUACAGAGGAUGAAGCCAGGGAAUUUUACGCAGCCCAUAAAGAUGAGGACCACUUUGAAGACCUUGUCAAGUUUAUGUCCAGUGGACCAGUACACACAUUGGUGCUAACCAAAGGUGAUACAGGAGAGGAUAUCAUUCCAGAAGUCAGGACGUUAAUCGGUCCUGCAGACGUUGAACUAGCAAAGGAAGAAGCCCCGGGAAGUAUAAGAGCAGUUUAUGGUACAGACAAAAUUACAAAUGCGGUUCACGCAGCUGACUCAGAAGAUGCAGCUGCAAUGGAAUUGGCAUUCUUUUUCCCAAAAUUUGCGGCACCAAUUGUGCCUGGCACAGGAGCACCUCCACAGAAAGAAAGGACGUUAGCUAUUAUCAGACCAGAUGCACUUCGCGAAAAUAAAGAUGCAAUUAUUGAAAAAAUUCAAGCUGGUUUUGAAGUGGCGUUACAGAAAGAGAUAGUGUUAUCAGAAGAUCAGGUUAAAGAACUUUAUAAAGAACAUGAAGGACAGGAUUAUUAUGACGCAUUAGUAGCAAAUAUGACAAGUGGUCCAGUGCUUGUACUAGGGUUAGCAAGGGAAGAUGCAAUUCAAGGGUGGAGGGAUAUGCUAGGACCUAAAGAAGUAGAAGUGGCCAAACAAGAGGCACCAGAAAGUCUUAGAGCACAAUUCAGUGUAGAGGGCGCACCGAUUAAUUCAUUGCAUGGCAGUGAUACGCCUGAGGCAGCUGAGAAAGAAUUUAAUUAUUUCUUCCCAAUGCAAAAUACAUUAGCGGUUAUUAAGCCUGAUGCAGUGGAGGAACAUAAAGAAGCGAUAUUGGAAAGGAUAAAAGAAGCCGGCUUCAACAUAGCAGUAUCAAAAGAAACACAGAUGACGAAAGAACUCGCACAACAAUUAUACAAAGAACAUGAAGGCAAAGAUUUCUAUGACAGUCUUACGGAUCACAUGGCCAGUGGUCCAUCAAUGAUCAUGGUGUUAUCAAGGGAAGAUGCAGUAACAGGUUUUCGUGAUAUCAUGGGGCCGCCCGAUCCAGACGUGGCGAAAGAACAAGUACCAGAGUCGUUGCGAGCUCUCCUCGGUAAAGACAUCUUGCAGAACGCUAUCCAUGCUAGCUCAAAUCCUGACAAUGCUGUUGAGAAAAUCAAAGAGUUCUUUCCUGAGGUGGAAUUCAAUCCUGAUGGUACUGUGAAAGGGGAGGAAGCUGAUUUGGAUGAUGGUGAAGGAGAGGAAGAAUAUGAAGAAGAAGAGGAGGAAAUGGCAGAGCAAGAUGCUGAAGAAGAAGCUGAUGAUGAUGGAGAUGCCGAAGUCAAAGCUGAGGAGAAACAAGAUGAAGGAGGCGAGGCACCAGAAGGAGGUGACGGAGAAGAACAAGGUGAGACGCAAGAUGAAGGUGCAGAACCUGCUGAUGCUCCAGCCGCUGAAGAAGAAGAACAGGCAGCUGAUGAGGAAGAGCAACAACCAGCUGAUGGUGGAGAAGAACAAAAAGAGGAAGAAGGGGAAGAAACUGAGCCAGCAGCUGAAAAAACACCCAGUGAGACGACUGAGGGAGAAGCAACAGAAACAGCUGAAGCUGUGGAGGAAAAUGACAAAAAGGAGGGUGGUGGUAGUAGUGGUGAUGUUGGUGAACAAACAAAUGAAGAAGAACAGAAAGACGAAUCAGGGGAACAAGCUGAGACACCAGCUGGAGAUGACACUGAACAAAAAGAUGACGAGGGUGUUGCUGAAGGGGAAGAUAAAGAAGAACAACAGCAAGAAGAACAAGCAGAAGCUGCAGCUGAUGAAGAGAAAACGGAGGAAGCUGCAGCAGAAGGCGAAGAGACCAAGGAAAAUGUUCAAGAAGUUGAAGGUGGAGAGCAGAAAGAAUCUGAGGCAUAAAAUAUCAAGCCCCGAUGACAAUAAAUAUUCGGUGAAUCUCUUUCAGUUAACUUGUACAUUCUUGGGUAAACUAAAUAUCAGCAAGGGACACCGUCAUGCUGAUCAGUGUAUGCUAGAAGCUGGACUUUUCUCGCCAUAUUUUUCUUUUGAUAACCGAGAGUUGAAACACUCUUAUUUGUAUAUAGGUUUGAGUGGAUUACAGUCAGUUUUAGUUUAGAUUAUUGUACAAUUGUAUUUGUUUAUAAUAAGCAAUAACCGUCCAUGUUAUCACAUUUUAUGUGGCAUUACAAAUGUAAUGUCUUAUAAUGUUUGUACUUUUGUAAAUAUAUAAUAUUCCUGCUGCUGUUGCCUUCAAACCAUUUUAAAAAAAUAUGUAAAAA